CCCACACACUCGUCUGCUUUUCCUGCUCGGAUGCAUCCUCCAACUGGGCUUGCCUGACGCCUGUCAAGUGUGGGGAGAAUGAAAACCACUGUGUCACGACCUAUGUUGGAGUGGGACUCGGCAGCAAGUCCGGGCAGUCCAUCUCCAAGGGCUGCUCUCCCAUCUGCCCCAGCGCCGGGAUCAACCUCGGCAUAGCCGCUGCCUCCGUCUACUGCUGCGACUCCUUCCUCUGCAACAUCAGUGGAUCCAGCAGUGUCAAAGCCAGCUCCGUGGUCCUGGCCUUGGGGGUCCUCGUCAGCUUCAUCUACGUCCUCAGAGCUCGGGAGUGA